CGUCGUACGUACCGUACCGUACCAAGAUCUGACUGAGGGUUGAGACCGCCGCAACUAACUCCAGAAAUUUCCUUGAAAUAUGGCAAACAGCCCGUGGGCACAAUUUGUCUGCAUAAGCGAAGAAGAUGGUCUUAUUAUCCCUAUUUCAAACGAUGUAUUUUCCGUUGGGAGAGCUAAAGCCUGUGACCUGUCAAUGCCGGAUAAUAAAUUCAUAUCAGGAAGACAUUGCAAUCUGUCCAGGAAAAACAAUACUAUCUGGCUGGAGGAUACAAGUACUAAUGGUACGUGGUUAAAUGGAGUCAAGAUUGGCAAAGGACAGAAACAAAGAUUGUUUCACAGGGAUGAAAUAGCAGUUGUACUCCAAGAGGGCAAAGAAGGGGCUAGAGAUAUAGUUUACCGAUAUGAAGACGUUGCAAUGCUGGAGGCUGAGCAAGAACGGCUGGAUCAGACACAAGAAAUGGAUGACCCAGAUGAAAAUACAGAAGAUUAUGUGUUCGAAGACAAAGAAGAUGAAGAAGGGGCUUCCAGGAAGAGGAAAAAAGAUGAGGAUUCUGAUGAUGGAAGUAAACCUGCUAAAAGGCUUGAAGCAGGAGAGGAAGAUGUAAACAAGGAUGAUAAAAUUCCAUCUGAAGAUCCUGCAGAAAAGCUAGCAGGAGAAGCAGCUUCAUCCGUUUCAGUUGAAUCUUCCAACGCAAUAGAAGAUACUGAUAAGGCUGCUGCCUCUGAAAAGGGAGAUGGGGAUACUGAGAAGAAGAAAAAAGAAGGGGUAAAAUCUCCAAAGGAGGAGGAAGAAGAAUCAGAUGACAUCCUUGAGACCCUUAUAUGCAGCAUCUGCCAAGAUAUACUGCAUAAGUGUAUCAGCCUUCAACCUUGUAUGCAUAGCUUUUGUGCUGCAUGUAUAUCGGGUUGGAUGAAACACUCGAAGAGAUGUCCUCAAUGUCGAAAACAUGUUAAGCGCAUAGGCCAUAAUUACAUUGUUAACAGCCUAGUGGAUGCCUAUCUCAAACAAAAUCCAGACAAAAAGAGGACAAAAGAAGACUUGGAAGAAAUGGAUGCCCGUUGCAGUAUUCCAUUUAAUAAGACAUUUGACUAUGACCCUAUGUACGAUGAGGAUGAAGAAGGUGAUUAUGAUCCUGAUGAUGAGGAGGAUUAUGAGGAGGAAGAAGAGGAGGAGGAAUAUGUUCCACCACCACCACCUGCCUGUAGACAGUGUCCCCACUAUGUACAGCCAUUGGACAGAGAUGCUGUCAUGUCCCUUCAAACCUCUCUGGAUCCAUCAACAAGCACUGCUGCGGUGCCAGGGAAUGCUCCUUCCACGUCUUCAAGAGAUGCUGCUGUUCCCUCCACCUCUUCUGCCACCUCUUCAUCUCCGUCCAAGAGAGUCCGAAUAGCUGUUGGAGGCAUACCUGUCCCCAUGCCAACCCCUCCACCAUUCCAGUGCAAUCUUGAUGCCUUACAACACGUAGCCUGCACAUGCUGCCUACAGCCUAUGCCAAACAGAACCAGAGCGCCAGAUAUUCCUCCACAGAUAUGUCGUAUCUGCCGAAGGAGCUUUUGCCAUAUGUACUGGGGUUGUAAGCAGUACAACUGCCUAGGGUGUCUCAACAGGUUCCGAGAUAUGAAAUUUAGUGAGAGUGUUCUGGAUACUAUCAUUAACAACAAUAGAUAUGAAUCAACAAUAUUCAAAGAUUUCAUGUUAUCAAAGGGCCAUCAUAAUAUCCAUCUUGUACUACAAGAAGUAUUGAGUGGACUUGCAGCUAAUAAUUACAGAACAGACGAGACCCAGUUAAAUGGUAUUUCAGGGCAUAGUCCUCUUUGUUAUACCUGUGCCUUGAGGAUAUUCCAGGGUACUGCAUAUCUCUACAGAGCAAGCAUUCCAAAGAAUGAUCUACCAAUUCUUGUCACAGCCAGGCCGGACUGCCAUUGGGGAAGGGCCUGUAGAACACAGUACAAUAAACCACAUCAUGCUGCGAAUUUCAACCACAUUUGUGAUCAAGUUCGAUUCUGAUGAUGUCCCACGUAUAGUCUGUAAUUUCGGGAUCAAGGAGCGUUUUUCCAUUUUGCGACCAUUGACCUUUGGAUGGGAGUGAUGACAGUGCAAGUGAUCUGGAAUAGUAGGGUUUGAUCUGCUCAGUAUUGUCUUUGAAAAUUACAUUUUAUUUUAUCUGUGUGAUGUUUAGUCAUAUAUUUGUUAUUUAUUUAGAAGUGAAACACUGCCUGUUUCAAAUGUGCUUUCUUUACAAAGCUGAUUUAAUUUCUCAAUUAUAUGAAUUUUGCAACUUUAUGUGCAGUCAGUAUCAUUGAGGAAAAUGUUUUUGUUCUGGAAAAUGAAUAAUGGUUGUGACAGUACAUUGUUACACGUACUCCCCUACAUAGACAUACAUGUAUGAAUUUAUUUAUAUUCCUAUACACACACAGAGGGUGAAAUAUUAACGAGUUUUGAACUAGCUAGUAAAUUAUACAACUUACAUGACAAACAUGUAUCCUGGAGGGAGUUACGGGGCUUAAGCGGCAUAUCGAUGACCUUGAAAUUCCAUAUUUUGACACUUAACAUCUUCACUUUUUGAAAACCUUUGGAACUGGGAGUUGGUAUGUUUGCUUUGAUUUUGUUCUCUCUUUCAUGUCAUUAUUUAUAUAAACAUAGAGACAGUCAAAUAAACAUUCUAGAAUUUUAGAUUGGGCACCCUAACUGAAGAUCACUAACACAGAUAAGCACAUGUGAGGCAGUGUAUCAUAAUUGAUUGAUAAUAAAAGACCAGACAAAAAGCUCGAAUUUCAUGCUUAUUUUUGCUAAUUUCUCAGCGAUUACAUAAUUUCUUGCAGAAUCAUUAGGUACAAUUUUUUUUUUAUAAAUGUACAUACAAACACUUGGAUGGUCAUUUUAUAUGAUUCUGUAUGAAUUCAUUUUUAAAUCAUUAACACAGCUGCCAUUUAUCUUUAAAUGCAACCUUUAGACAUGUUUGAAUCGUUGUUAGACGUUCCCCAGGUAGAUACAAAUGACAUGAUCUAAAGAUCAAAUACAUGUAUGAACAUCUUACUGAUAAUGUGGUUCCAUGCUCUUGCGAACAGUGCUUCCACAAAAAAUCUACAUAUUUAAAGCCAAGUGUGUAGACUCCUUGUGGUAUCAACUAACUAAUAGAACUAAUAGUCAUAAACAUAAACUAAAAUAUCUGACCUUAACUUAUGGGAAGGGGGGGGGGAUCUGACGACUAUCUCGUAAACAGAUGUCUCGACUAUACAAUGCUGAGCUUCGCUCUGUUAAGUGUUGUAAUAUGUCUGAGUUUCUUGCUGGCAGCAUGGUUGUUGACUGAAUGGUACGUCCUGCAUCCAACUGGUCCAAGUUGGGGUUUACACCCCAAAAUAUUUUCUGUCAUUGCCCAAAAUGUUUCAUUUGAAAAUAUUCCUUUGCAAAAUAAUUACUUAUGCCCUAUCACUCUCAAGAAUAUUGUGAAUCUACCUGCUGAAUACAGAGUUUCAUCCCUUUAUUUACCAUUUAAAUGUAGAUCAUUCCAAAUAGGAACAAUCAUUUCAUACUGCAGUUUUAAUUUUCUUUCAAUUCAACACGUGCCAUUCUAGACACUAAAUGAAAACAGUUUUUUUAUUUCCUUCUUUUUAAUGGCAUUUGUUUAAAGUGUAUGGAAGAUUUGUUAGUUUAGAAAAAAUGCGGAGCAGAACAAACUUUUUAUCCCCCCAAAAGGUACCUUUUUGUUGAUAUUUUUUUAUAUUUAUGUAUUUAUUGGUAUAAAAUCAAUCUCAAAUCAAUCAAAUAUUUACAAGUGAUCAAUGACUGAAAACAAUCAUAUACAUGUACAUAAUUAUACAAAAAAGGGGGGGGGGUGGUUGUGGCAGAAUAAAAGAAGCAUUACCUGGAUAAAAUCUGCCUUGACCUGGAAAACCUGUAUAAAAUCUACCACAACAUAAACAAAUAUUACAAAAAGACAAUAAAUAGAAAGAACAAAACAGGUAAUAAAGAAAAAGAUGAGGGAUCAUUGUAAAUACAAAAACAAACACAAGGCGCUACUGCCAAAGGUGGAAUGCAUAGCUUCAAAUCGUGCAACAGCUCUGCAUUAAAAACCUACAAACCAACAACAAGCAUUCCAAAAAAAACAAAGGUGCAUUACACAAAGUCUUAAAUUUCAUAUUAAAGUAGCGAAAAGAAAAAGUAAUAACCAAGAAUUAUGUGUCUCCUAUGGCACGCCAGAAGAGAAUCAAAUAUUUAUAUUCGACACCAACUAAAAAAUUAUUCGACGCAGCAAAAUUCUAUUUGACAA